AGAUUUUUGUUUUCCUUUCUUUAGAUUGCGGUCUUUGGUAAAGCAAUUGGAGAGAGGGGAAGCUUCAGUUGUAGAUCUAAAGAAGAAUUUGGAAUAUGCAGCGACUGUUCUUGAGUCAGUAUACAUUGAUGAAACUAGGCGUUUACUGGACACAGAAGAUGAACUCAGUGAUCUCCGGUCUGACUCCGUGCCCUCAGAGGUCCGUGACUGGUUGGCUUCCACCUUCACACGGCAAAUGGGGAUGAUGCUUAAAAGGACUGAGGAAAAACCGCGGUUCAGGAGUAUCGUCCAUGCAGUGCAAGCUGGGAUAUUUGUGGAAAGAAUGUACAGGCGUACUUCAAAUAUGGUCGGCUUGAGCUACCCACCAGCUGUAAUUGGAGUGCUAAAGAAUGUAGACAAAUGGUCCUUUGAUGUGUUUGCACUAAAUGAUGCCAGUGGGGAUCAUGCACUGAAAUUCAUUUUCUAUGAACUUCUCACACGCUAUGAUCUGAUCAAUCGUUUCAAGAUUCCCAUAUCUGCCUUGGUGUCUUUUGUGGAAGCUCUGGAGGCUGGCUACAGUAAACACAAAAAUCCUUAUCACAACCUAAUACAUGCUGCAGAUGUCUCACAGACAGUCCAUUACCUCCUUUUCAAGACAGGCACUGUGCACUGGCUGACAGAGCUGGAGAUCUUCGCUAUGAUUUUUGCAGCUGCUAUACAUGAUUAUGAACACACUGGCACCACCAACAAUUUUCACAUCCAGACAAGGUCAGACUCAGCCAUUCUAUAUAAUGACCGGUCUGUGCUUGAAAAUCACCAUGUUAGUGCGGCGUACCGUCUUUUGCAAGAUGAUGAAGAGAUGAAUAUUUUAUCUAAUCUCUCAAAGGAUGAUUGGAGGGAAUUUAGAGCUCUAGUCAUUGAGAUGGUGCUGGCUACCGAUAUGUCCUGUCACUUCCAGCAAAUCAAAGCUAUGAAGAAUGCUUUGCAGCAACCAGAAGGAAUUGACAAGCCGAAAGCCUUAUCACUGUUAUUACAUACAGCAGAUAUCAGUCAUCCAGCCAAGGCCUGGGAUCUCCAUCAUCGCUGGACCAUGUCUCUGCUAGAGGAGUUCUUCAGACAGGGUGACAAGGAAGCAGAACUAGGGCUGCCCUUCUCUCCUCUAUGUGAUCGGACAUCUACUAUGGUUGCUCAGUCUCAAAUAGGUUUCAUUGAUUUCAUUGUGGAACCCACCUUUACUGUGCUGACCGACAUGACAGAGAAAAUUGUGACUCUGCUAAUUGAUGAAGCUUCCCUCUCUGACCUGUCUGGAUUUAGGCGUUCCAGUUUGAAUAGCAUUAGUCACUCUGAAGUAAAAAGAUCAAGUGUCAAGAGCACUGGGUCCGAAGGAAGUGCCUCACUCAACUGCUCCAUACUCACUGAGGACUUCAAAUGUUUUAAAGCCACCUGGACUGAGGUGGUGCAGCAGAACAGAGAGAAAUGGAAAGCACAAGCCACCAAAGAAGAAAAGGCUAAGAGAGAAGCAGAGGAAAAUGCUUAUCAGGGAACAGAUGAAAAGGAAAGAGAUGAACAUGACGCGAAGCCAGGUGAAGAUGUCACAGAAGCAAAGACAGAAAAGAGCAAAGAAUCAAAUCCUGGGGAAAGCAAAAGGACAGAUUCCAGUAAGAAUCCUGUAAAUGGCACUUGGCAAAGUAGUAUGAGCAAACAUGAAGCCUAUCAAGGGAAAAAUGCAGCUAGGACAGAUAAGAAAAUGGAUCCUCAUCAUACUGUGGGAGAAGAGAAACAGCAUGUCCUGAAUGAUGAAUCAAAGGAAGACAACAAAUUGGACAGAAAAUAUAAGUGUAGCGUGGGGGAUGAAUCAAAGAAAACAGAUGCCAUCAAACCUCAACUGCAUUACCUCAGGAGGACUACUCACAACCCAGGAGAGUAUUUCCCUGCUUUACAGAAGAAAUUGGAGGAAAAUCCAGUGAGAGGUAAGGUGUUUGACAAUAAGGGAAGAAUGAAGAAAAUUCAACAUAUUCCCCAGAGUUGGAAGAGGAAAUAGCAGAAGAGGUAAAAGAGGCCUUCUUCUGGAAUGGCAGACAGAGGACAUUGUGGAAUCAUUGCACAGGCUACACUGCAUUGACAGCAGCAGCAAUUUAACUAAAACCAAGUCUAUGAUUUAACUAUACGAUAUAAUGGACAUUUUGUUAGAAAUUUCUUCAGUGCCUUAUUAUUGCAGCAUAUGCUCGCUUAGUACUAAAAUAUUGGUCUGUUACCUUAAAAGAAUUACAUACACAAAGUAAUUGUAUGUGACUUACCUCCUAUCAAAUUAAGUCAAUGCUUUCCUAGAUUAUUGGUUUCCUUAUGGUGUUCUCAAUGUGACCUUCUGCCUACCACAGUUAAAACUACUCCUAUUUCAGACUGGGUGGGAAAUUUUUUUCUUUCCUAACAGUACUGAGAAUAAAUGUCCUCCUCUCAGUCUGAUAGGUAUUCAGGAGGAUGCAGGCAGGAGGCUAGAUUACAAAGGGUCCUCUGUCUUCACUCACUAGAAAAGGAACAUAUAGCACAACAUUAAAAUUGUUCGUUGCUCAAAUUCUGUUGAAUGCUACAUAACACCGAUUGUCUUUUAUGACACUAAGUUGGAUUUGACUCCAUGCAUUCUUUCAGUACACAGUGUCCCAUGGGCCUGAGUUUCACAGUUGAACAUGUCCCCUGUGAAAAGUUCCUCUCACCCCCAGAUUUUGCACUUUGAGAAACAGUGGCAAAUUUUUUCCCAAGAGGGAAACAAUUGUUUCUCAAGCCUCUUUUCCCAAGCCCUGGUGAUUUAGAUACUGCUUCAACUGUCCCUUUGCAGUCCUCUUUUUACUUUCCUCACAGGGAAACCUAGUCUACUGUUCAUUUUUCUUGCUGCUCUUCUCUAUAUCCUUGUUGGUUUUAAUCUCCUUUUGAAAGGAGAGAACAAGCCCUGCAUACUGCUCAAGUUGCAGGUAUACCAGAAAUGUUUAAAAAAAUGUAAUUACACUUUCUGUUCUACCUUCCAUGCUUUUCUGAAUAGAUUUUAAAGUUGUACUUUCAUUUUUGAACCUUCUUCAGGACUGAACAGUAGUUUCUGUAGAAUUUUCUGUAAAAAAUCCUAAUUAAUGUUUAGCCCAAGUACACAUGUGGACAUCUGGAGUUAGUGUUGCCUCUCUCUAUAUGCAUCUUUCUGCACAAACCAACCCUGAAUUGGUGGAUUUGCCAACUACACUUAAGUAAGCUGCUGCUUCUUCAUCUUUUCUACUUCUUCACUUUUUCUUCAUUUCUGUUCCCUACUUGCUUUCUUCUUCCACCCACAACUUUUCCACAUCGUAUCUUCUGGAGAAGCACAUUGAAUAGCAGAAGCAACAAUCCUUCUUUACUAUGAAU